CCGCUCGUUGUACGUGGCGACCAUUUUGAGACAACUUUUCCUUGUGCUGUUAACGAAAUAGUAUUUUGCUGACUUGAAAAACGAGAGGUUUUAAACAGCUGAUUUACCUUUUUUGGACAUAUUAGAAAUCAUUUUUUUCGUUGUUUAUUUUUUUUCAUUUCGUCGAAAAAAUCUAUAAUCGCGGAACCUAACACUAACAGCGCACCACUCCACCAGCGCAAAAACAAACGAGUUUUUACGACAUUUUGAUUUUAUUUGUAAGUCGAGCUUUAAUUAUUGGCUGUGCUUUUGAUUUUGUUCUUUCUUGGAGGCUAAGGAUCCUUACCUACUGUAACUAAGAUCAUCUACAGAACUGCUCUAACUUUUUUCGAAGAGACUUCAGGCAUUUAAAAAAUCAUGGAGAUGGAGGGAUUUACGUUGGACUCUGAUACAGUGAAAGACUGCGGUGAACCGGCCGUUGCCGCCCGUGCUGCCAGUCACUUCCAGGCGAAAAUGGCCAUUCAUCAUCAACAAGACCAAGACCGAUGCGAAUCAACUUGCGACUCGGCCUACCUUUCUGAGAGUACCACAUACAGCUCAGUCUCGGACAGAUUACAAGAUCUCCAUAUUGAGGGACAUUAUGAAAGUGAAUCUAGCUCAAGAUCUAACAGUAGCAGGAUAGGUCUACAGCUUUCAGUUUCAGAUUUCCAAGACCCGACUGUUGAAAAAAGGACUGAGAAUGCCAAUGUUAGGCCACAGAAAAGACCUGCAGAAGAAGUUCCAUCAGAUGAGGUCUAUCUCACGAAUGAUGCUUAUGAUCAAGAUGAGGAGGGAGAUACGCCCCUCAGUCAGUCAAUUAUCCAUGAGAAAGAAGACAUAGCUCUGAAAUUCAUCCGCUAUACAUCAAAUCCAGAUUUCUUUAACAUCAGAAACUGUCUGGGGCAGACUGCACUUAUGCUUAGUGUACUGACAAACCAACCCAAAAUCAGCAGAGCCCUAGUCGUUGCUGGGGCAUCGGUUGAUGUUCAGGAUCAAGGGGGUAACGCAGCCCUCCAUCUGGCCUGUCGCUUUGGUUUCACUGCGUGUAUCCAGCAACUGACGUCACCGAUACAGCAAAUUGAAAUCAAGAACACCUUGAGUGCACGGAAUCACAGACAAGCUCAAUCACUGACGUCGCAACUGCGCCUGAAGAAUUACGAAGGUCUAACCUGUGUGCAUCUAGCAACACUACGACACGACAUUGGUCUCUUGAAGUAUCUGGUUGCCAUUGGUGCCAACGUGAACGAGCCGGACGGAAAGAGUGGUCGCACCAGUCUCCACUACGCAGUCGAAAUGAACGACUUCCACUUGGUCCAGUGUCUCCUCUGCGAAUUGCACGCUGAUGUUGAUGCCGUGACCUUCGACCUCUGCACACCCCUCCACCUGGCAGCAGGUAGGGGCCAUGAGGACAUUGCAUGCCUGCUCCAUGGGGCGCGGGCAGACACCCAGGUCCAGAACUUUGAGGGGCAGUGUGCGUACGAGUUGACCAACAUCCCAUCGCUGAAGUCACUGCUCUCACAAGGACAUGAAUAUGACACUACAGACUAUUUCUACUGAAGACAUUCUCUUUGUCCUUUCAUGGGUAGAGUGAUGAUGAAGGCAAAUGAACAAACUGUCUCCGCAAGGGGAGAUGUUGCAGGACAGCAUCUCCUUUAUGAAGAAAGAGCGUGCAAGCAGACCUUUUAUCAUGGAUACAUCACAUGAAGUGAAAUAGCUGUGGUAUGUUGAUGUUAAGUGAAGAAACUGGAAAGGGCUUUAAUUCCAGGGGAUUGCAGCGAAAUGGCAGGAAGAAGAAAAAAGGAAGAGAAAGAAGGAAGGUAUCCAAUUUUUUGAUUUUAUCGUAAAAGAUUGGAUGAAAUAUUCUGAUAAUUUCUGGUUGUAUUGUCUUGAUGUUGAUGUAAUGCCUUUGCUCAGUAAAAUGUACAUGUAUUAGACACCUUGUUGUACAAACAUGUUUUGUUGCUGUUCAAUAGGUAUUAUGCGAUGCUUCAACACUUGAUGGAUAAGAAUUUCAGUUCUGUUGUGCUUGUAUGUAGGAGAAUUGAGAUUGUGAUGUGGUCAGACUAUGAAGGAAUUGGUAAAUGUAUGUCACAUUGCUAUGAUGUGUGAAUGUUAAAACUGAGAGAAGUAUUAUUAAUCUUUGGAAAUGUGUGUGAAAAAAGGUUAACAGUUCAGUCAUAUGCAUGGAAAAAAAAACAUUUAUUGGAAUUCUGAUAUUUUCUGUAAUCUUGUGAUAUUUGUGUGGGUACAAAUGUAAUCUUUCAAAAAAAAUGGCUUGUGUAUAACUUUUUUUCCCCCCUUUUUUUUAGGGCAGACUUCUCAAGCAACACAUAACACUGAGCAAAAAAGAAAAACUACCAAAA